AUGCCCGCCAGCUCUCAUAUCGAGCCAAUAUACGACACUAUUCACUCUGUGUACCCUGGGCGGCCUCGUCUGGUUCUUGGUUCGACUUUCUCAAUCUCAAAUUCCCGCCGUCUUCAGCACAUUGUCAUGGAAGAGACAACGGUCGAGGACUCUCUAAAGAGGGUGAUACUAGGCGCGCUUCCAAAAACUCGAGUACAGAGCGUCCAGGCCACAGCGGCUGCUGGUCUUCAUCGCAUAUACCGUGCCACGACGCAAGAUGGCGGCAUCAUACAAUGCUCGCUGCCACCGUCACCGAAUCGCCUAAUUCUGAGGUGCGAGUACGGCUCUAUUCGAUCCGAAGCGGCCGUUCUGCAGUGGCUCUCAUGGCUUGGCAAGGGACGGCCCGAGUCGGACUCGCCCAAAUCCAAAACCGUCGACUUUGAGGAAGACAAGAAGGAAGCCAGAAAUCGGAUACGCGUGGAUGCCAUCUCAGAGUAUCUACCCAAGCUUCUAGACCAUGGAGUAUCGGGUUCACUACACCCGCUACAGUACAAUGUCAUAUUACCGCGCCCAGGGAGACUUCUGUCGAUGCUUGCUAUUCCUUUGACGGCCGCGGAACGCAGGUCGAUCGACUUUCAAAUUGGGCAGAUGCUUCGAGGCAUGUCCCUGCUGCGCUCUCCUGCCUCUCGCUUCGGAAACGCAGAAAAUAUGCUGCCUCCAGCGCCCCAGAGGUCAAGUUCGGCACAAUGCCGAGCGUCGCUCCAGGCCCCAAGCGAAUCAUUCACGAAAUGGUCGGAUGCAUUCGGCCACAUGUUGCAGAGCGCGAUACAGGACGCGCAAGCAAAUCAAAUAACAGCAUCCUACGACAGCAUACGGAGACUCCUCCACCGCUUCACUCAUGUCCUCGAUGGUGUACUUGAACCACGCCUAGUCUUUGUUGAUGCCGGCUUGGAUAAGAAUGUCCUUGUUGCCAUGCAAGAAGCAGAGAGCGAUGAGCCCGGUACAUCAGAGAGCGAUAACGUUACAGCCGACGAGUUGGACUCGUCUGAGAGCGAAUCUUCGGGCAGUGCAGCUACCCCCGUCAAGGUAACUGGCCUCCGAGAAUGGAUCAAGCCGGUCUUCGGUGAUCCUCUGAUGUCCGUUAUUUUUUGUCAAGCACCGUCCGAGUCUCUGCUGCGCGGCUUUUGCACUUCUUUGCCCGAUACGUUGGACGACAUGGAUGAAGUAUCCGAGAGCCUGUGCCAGAAGCGCCAGCACGCGCAAAUACGUCUGAACCUCUACCGUAUCUACCACGCCCUCAACGCCAUCAGCGUCGAAUACAUACGGCGCGAUGUAGACAGCGACCCGAGAGAGCUACGGGCGCGCAAGGCGUUGGUGGAAGCUGUCCGGGAGCUCGAGGCACUAGACGAGGCCGAAACAUCUAAGAGACGUCGUCGGUGUCUUGAAGUGACUUCGUCCAAGAGACAUAAAACGUUGAGUCCGUGA